AUGGACCAGCAGGUCGAGAAGUUCAUGAAGCAAUGUAAAGGCUGUACACUAGUGGCAGCACCAAGUGUCCCUGAACCGAUGAUCCGGAAAGAACUCCCGACUCAGCCUUGGGUAGAUGUUGCAGCGGAUUUUUUGGGUCCACUGCCGGACGGUCAAUAUCUGUUGGUCGUAAUAGACUACUAUAGCCGCUUCAUGGAGGUUGUAGAAAUGAAUUCCAUCACAGCAGCGGACACUGUGGCGGAGCUGGCCAUUAUUUUCAGCCGGUAUGGUAUCCCAGUCACCUUACGAGUAGACAAUGGGCCACAAUUCAGUGAAAAAUGCGAAGAAUUCCGGAGUUUUUGUGAGUCUAGUAGAAUACAAAUCGUCAACACCAUACCAUUGUGGCCCGCAAUGAACGGCGAAGUGGAGCGACAGAAUCGGUCCCUGCUUAAGAGGCUAAGGAUAGCGCAAGAGCUGGGGAAAGAUUGGAGAGCUGAAAUGCGGCGCUACUUAUUGACGUAUCAUUCUACAAAUCACACUACAACAGGCAAAUCUCCAGGAGAACUGAUGUUUGGUAGGAAAAUUCGCAGCAAACUGCCUCAAGUUCCACUUACAAGGGUAGAAGAUGGAGAAGUUCGGGAUAGAGACAAGAUCAUGAAGGAAAAAGGGAAAGUCUAUGCAGAUAGCAAAAGGAAAGCUCGAGUUAGCGACAUUGUCGUUGGGGACAGUGUGUUGGUGAAGGGAACGAAAAAGGAUAACAAACUGGACACAACAUUCGCUCCGGAGGAAUACGCAGUGGUGAAGAAACAGGGCAGUGAUACAACAGUUAAAUCUCAGGCAACUGGCAAGGAGCUCCGAAGAAACGUUGCGCACUUGAAGAAGCUAGAACGUCCGGAUAGGAUGGAUACUCAACCUAAAAGGAUGAGGGUUGAACCGACACGUUUCAAGGAUUUUAUCCCACAUUAA